GCCUCGGCUGAGACGGCCUGGGAGGUCGCUCACAGAUAAGGGGGUUUUCUACACAAGAGCCCCGGGAGAGGAAAUGGAGCCCCAGCACCCGAGACAAAGGGCAGGGAUGGGACUAGCCAGCAAAGGAGGCUGCAGCCAGAGGCCCCGGAUCAGACACCCAGUGGAGCGGUUAGAUCGCCAAACCUUCUCCUUCCACUUUCGCAACCUGAGAUUUGCCAGUGAGCGGAACUGCACCUACCUCUGCUACCAGGUGGAAAGACUGAAGCACUGCUCACCUGACUUCUCCGACUGGGGGGUCUUUCAAAACUGGGUCUAUGCCUGCCAUGUGGAACUCUGCUUCCUCUCUUGGUUUCGCGCUAAGAAGCUGUCCUCUCACGAGCAGUACCACAUCACCUGGUUCUUAUCCUGGAGCCCCUGCUUGUCAUGUGCAGAGCAGGUGGUUGCGUUCCUGAAGGAGAACAGGAACGUGAGGCUGAGCAUCUUCGCCGCCCGCCUCUACUACUUCUGGGAUCCAGAUUACCAGCACGGGCUGCGCAUACUGCACGACCAGAGGGCCUGGGUGCGCAUCAUGUCUUUCCGAGACUUUAAAUACUGUUGGAAAAACUUUGUGUACAAUCAGGGAAUGCCCUUCAAGCCUUGGAAGAAACUGCGUAAAAAUUAUCAGUUCCUGGUGGCAAAGCUUCAUGAAAUUCUCGGGAUAUCCGCAACGAAACGCCACAGACUGGGUGACUUAACAACAGGUGUUUACUUUCUCACGGAUAUGGAGGCUAGAAGUCCAAGAUCAAGGAGUCGAAACACAAUGAAUCUGCUAAAACCAAAUAUAUUCAGACGACAGUUUGGCAACCAGCCCCGGGUCCCACAGCCCUGCCGCCGGAGGAAGACCUAUCUGUGCUACCAGCUGAAGCAGCUCGAUGGCUUCACGCUUGACAAAGGCUGCUUCCAAAACAAGAAACAGCGACAUGCAGAAAUUCGCUUUAUUGACAAGAUCACCUCACUGAAUCUCGACCCAAACCAGCGCUACAAAAUCAUCUGCUAUGUCACGUGGAGCCCCUGCGCUGCCUGUGCCGGGGAACUGGUUGAUUUCAUCAACGGUCAGGACAACCUGAGCCUGCAGAUCUUUGCCUCCCGCCUGUACUUCCACUGGGUCAAGGUGUUUCAGAGGGGGCUGCAGCAGCUACAGGCAGCCCAGGUCUCAGUGGCUGUCAUGACCCGCUCAGAGUUUGAAGACUGCUGGGAAGAAUUUGUGGAUAACCAGGGGAUGCCCUUCGAGUCCUGGGAUAAGCUGGAGCAAUACAGUGAGAGCAUAAGCCGUCGGCUCCAGAGGAUCCUGUCGCCCUCGAAUUGGAAUAAUUUAGAGGAUUCCUUCAGAGACUUGAGACUUGGAUCCCCAUCCCCUUCGUCGUUAAGAAGUGACUCAAGAUGACAGGUCCUGGGGCAUCUCACUGCUUCAUAAACUGCUGGCUCUUAGGAGCAAGGAGCAAGCCCCACGGUCACCCCUGACCCUCGCCCAAGUCCAGAGACCUUUCUUUCCUCUUUCAUUCUUCUUUUUUCCUUUCUUUUCUAAGUGGGUAAAUAUUUUUAUAAUUGAAAAAAUAAAGAUAAUUUGAA